AUGCCUGGAAGAUUAUCAGUAGAUGAAAACGCACUUCGUCGAAGAUCAUACUCCCGACCAAGAUCAGAUCAUUCUUUCUCUGACGACUCGGAGUGUAGUGAUAUGGACUCUUCGUUCAUCUCAAACUCUCUGACAUCAUACAUGGCACCCACAUUGAGCUCUAGAAAAUCCGCAAUUAAAAAGGUAAUGAAAAAGGCAAAUUCGUUAUCCAAAUGGGGUUCAUCACCAGGCCGACCUGAAUCACCCCCUACGCCAACAAGCACGUCGUUUUCAAGCUCGAAGCCUCCUACAAGUCCCUCAAAAACAGGAAAAAAGAACUUUUUGCAUAUGGGUCUUGAUUUGAUCAAAAGUAAGAAAAACGGGCCGGGUUGUUCGUCACCAAUUGGUUCGGGUAUGGGAAUGGUGGAGACUGUCCAUCAGUUACGAAUGAUGCAUGGAAGUUGGAUGAGGUGGAGGUAUGCCAAUGCUAGAGCAAAUGUUGUUAAUGAAACCCUAGAUGAUAAGGCUAAGAAGGAUUUACUACACGCAUGGGAAAACAUCACAAAGUUGCAACAAUCCGUGUUACAAAAGAGAUUACGAUUGGAGAGAGAGAAGUUAGAAAUGAAGCUCAACUUCAUACUUCAUUCCCAAAUGAAGAUGUUGGAAGCAUGGAGAGACAUGGAAAAGAAACACAUAUCAAAUGUUUCGAUGACAAAAGAUUGUUUAGAGGGUGUUGCAUGUAAGGUACCCCUCAUCGAAGGCGCUAAGAUGGAUCCUCAAAUAUCUUCGAUUGCACUUAGACAUGCAACAGAUUUGGUUGCCUCAGUCAUGUCUAUGAUGUCAUUUCUAGAGCCCACGGCUCAUGAGACUGUUUCAACGUUUAAGGAGCUUGCAAAGGUUGCAAGCCAGGAGAAACUGUUGCUUGAAGAGUGUUUUGAACAUUUCAGAGUAAUUUCAACAUUAGAGAUUGAAGAGAGGAGUCUAAGGUGUAACGUUAUCGAACUUGCUUCAUUCAGUGAUCAACAAUCUUGA